CAGAUUAAUUUUUGCUCGCUUUUGGGUUUUUUUGUUUUUGAGUGGGGAACUCUGGCUGAUGAUGUUGUUCUGAGGUAUAAUGAAACAUGAAGAUUUCAGAGGAAUUUCGGAUUAUCAACCUUGUUUGUUUAAUGGGAGUAUGUCUUCAAAACGUAAAAAUACUCCGACCAAACUGCCAAAAGACAGCAACAGUGAAGUAGACAGUGACAGUGACACUGAAACCAGUCUCCACAUUGUGACAAAAUCAGACAGUGAAAAUCAGGACUCAGAUUCAUCCAGCAGUCGGCCACCAAGCAAAAAACAACGAAUUCUUCAAAGUGUCCGACAGGACUCGGACUCAGAAACUGAGCUAGAACUCUUAUCACCUCAUCAACUUCAUCAUCACCUCUCAACAAAGUCCAGUCUGGGACUGCAGCGUAAAUCCAUGGAAAGUGUUCUCCGACGAUUGAGCUCCAAAUCAGACAUUUCCGAGCUCGAGAACAACAACAUGAAUGAGGACAGCAAAGUCAAAGAAAGCAUUCAGGUUUUACUGAGUGACGGAAGCUUGAAGGAGAAGGAGCAAAGACUCAGUGAGAUGAUUGCUCAACUCCAGAGCCUCAAGGAGGAUCUGUCCACUCAAAAACAGGGUUCCAUAAACCACACAGAAUACAAGAACAUGCCAGUAUCUGGCAGUGAAACAAGCAUCUCUCAUGCAUCUUCCAAAAGCUCAUCUCCCAUCAGUAUGGACAGCCGACCACAACAGUUAUCUCCAGUUCUCUCCCCCUAUCACCAUGGUUCACCCCGAUCUCAGCCCUCACCCAAAGUCAGAAAGGGGAGCCCUCCAGCUGCUACCUCCCCUCACAGCUGGGGUGGGGCCAUGAAUCAGGAAAUCCCUCUGAACCUGACCAAACCCAGAGGAUACAAAACAGAGAAAGUGGAAGAGAUGUAUGGUUCACCAGAGAAACAUGAAGGGAACAACAGAACACCCCCUCCAGCCCAUAUUCACCACAAGAGACAGGUGGCCUCUCCAGUCACUACCCCUACCACAGAGAUUGGGCCGUUUCCAGGUGUCCGGCUACCACUUGGAUUUCCUCAGUAUCCAUUCAUGAUGGCCAAUCCUAUGGUCACCUCAAUGUUGAGUGGAAUGACACCACCUGGACUAAUGAAUGGAAAAUCUCAUCCAGAUCAUGACAAGGAAUCAAUGGUUCAGGAGGUGUUGGCUCGCCAGCUGUCUCACUCUAUGACUAGCCCAGUGUUCCCAGGGCUCCCUCUCCCCCUCUACUCCCAUGCAGCCAUGACCUCCCUCCCUCCAAUGUCAGCCAUGAAGGAACGGUCAGACAGCUCAGUUGAGGACAGCCAAUCAGGAAAAAUGUAUGGUGCUAAAAUUAUCCGUUCCCAGAAGGAGAAGAAUGAGGUGGGUAAACCCCACAUUAAGAGACCCAUGAAUGCAUUUAUGGUUUGGGCCAGAGAAGAAAGAAGGAAGAUCCUGAAAGCCUGUCCAGAUAUGCACAACUCAAACAUUAGCAAAAUCUUAGGUGCCAAAUGGAAAGCCAUGACCAAUGCAGAGAAGCAGCCAUACUAUGAGGAGCAAAGCCGCCUCAGUAAACUUCACAUGGAAAAACAUCCUGAUUACCGCUAUAGGCCUCGUCCAAAGCGUACCUGUAUUGUGGAUGGCAAAAAGCUCCGCAUCUCAGAGUACAAGGCUCUGAUGAGGACGAGACGCCAGGACAUUCGCAGAGUGUGGUAUGGCGACUCCCACACCACUUACGUAGAGGGACUCAUCGGCGAGAAUGGCACUUCCUCAUCUUUUGAUCCAUCUCGGCCCCCUCUCCACCCUAACGGAAUUCACACAAGUGUAAAUAGUUCAACAGUCAAUGGAGCUUCUCACCAUGGCUUCCCUAGCAACAAGGAGGAUGACCUUGACAACUGCAGUGAUGAGGAACUCAGUGACAUGAUGGACCAGUCUUCGGACAACAGUCUCGACUCCAACUUGCUAAAGAAUAUCCAACCUCUCAAACGAUCUCACAUCUUGUGCCAAUACAGAUAUGCCUCUUCAAGCACUUUUAAGUUGACCAAUGCCCCUAAGCCAAAACCCAGUGACCCUGAUACCUUGCCAUUUGGUCACAGCUUUAGUGACCACAUGCUGGAAAUCUCCUGGUCAGCUGACAAAGGAUGGGGAAAGCCUCUGAUAUCCCCACUCCACAACCUCUCCCUCCAUCCUGGGGCCAAGUGCUUCCAUUAUGCAACAGAGUUGUUUGAAGGAAUGAAGGCCUACAAGACUGCUGAGGGAAAGAUUAAUCUCUUCAGACCAACAGAGAACAUGGCUAGGAUGCUGAGUUCAGCCAAAAGAGCAUCACUGCCGACUUUUGAUGGUGAUGAGCUCAUAAAAUGCAUCAAGAAAUUGAUUAGUAUUGACAGGGACUGGGUGCCUAACUCUGAGAAGGCUUCUCUCUAUAUCAGACCCACAUUGAUAGGAACAGAGGGUGUGCUGCGUGUGGACACCUCACAUGAAGCACUGUUGUUUGUUUUGAUUGGCCCUGUGGGAGCUUACUACCCUACAGGACUCAAACCAGUGUCCCUGCUAGCUGAUCCCAAGUAUGUCAGGGCGUGGCCAGGGGGCAGCGGCAGCUUCAAACUGGGAUGUAAUUAUGCCCCCACCAUGAGCAUCCAGCAAGAGGCUGCCUCCAAGGGUUGUCAACAGGUGUUAUGGUUGUUUGGGCAGGAGGAACAGAUCACAGAAGUGGGGGCCAUGAAUCUCUUUAUGUAUUGGACCAACGAAAAUGGAGAGGAUGAGCUGGUGACUUGUCCAUUAAAUGGUCUGGUGUUGCCUGGGAUUACCAGAAAAAGUCUACUGGAGCUAGCAAAAUCCUGGGGAGAGUUUAAGGUUUCUGAACGAGAGUAUACUAUGCAAGAUUUAAUCAAAGGACUGAAAGAAAACAGGGUGAAGGAAUUCUUUGGGGCGGGGACUGCCUGUGUCGUUUGUCCCGUGGAGAAGGUACUAUACAGAUCCCAAUGGUUAAACAUCCCCACCAUGUCCCAGGGAGCCCCGCUAACGAUGCGAAUGUACAAAACUCUGUUAGAUAUACAGUAUGGAAGGGUGAAGCAUGAAUGGUCAGUUCCGGUUGAGUAAGGGACAGUCUCAUGCAUCAAAAAGAUAUCUUGAUGAGCAAGGAGAGAUUAGUCACAGACAUUAAUUCUCUUGUUGAAUUCUUAUCACCGCUUACAAAUGGCUUUUUAACUCAGGAACACUUUUUUAAGUUUAUUAAAAGAUUCUAUUUCCUGGAGCUCAUGCUCAACUGUUUGGAAUUAUACUUUUUUUUAGUUUAAAAUUGUCUCAAAAUUAAAUUACUUAGCUGAAGCAAUAUUUGAUAUUUACAGUGUAGUUAUGAAUGACAAUAUGAUCAAGUCUAUCUGUGA